GCGCGUAUUCAGCCCCACAGCCCCCGUGCCCGGGAGGCCAAUCACAGCACCCGGCAUUCAGCAAACGCCUCCACCUCCACAAGCACCACAAUGCCGCAGGACAGUGACAUCCAGAAGAAGAUUGACCAUGAGAUCCGCAUGCGGGACGGGGCCUGUAAGCUGCUGGCCGCCUGCUCGCAGCGGGACCAGGCGCUGGAGGCCUCCAAGAACCUGCUGACCUGCAACGCCCGCAUCAUGGCCUACAUGUCGGAGCUGCAGCGCAUGAAGGAGGCCCAGGUCAUGCAGAGGGUCGCACGCAGGUCAUCUGAUGCAGGGCCAAUGGAUGACCGACUCCCAUGCAAAAGCAAAGUAGCCAUCUCAGACCUGCGCAUUCCUCUGAUGUGGAAGGACACAGAAUACUUCAAGAACAAAGGAGAGCUCCACCGCUGUGCAGUGUUCUGUCUCCUUCAGCUGGGAGGGGAGAUCUUUGACACAGACAUGGUGAUGGUGGACCGGACGCUCACAGACAUCUGCUUUGAGAACACAGUGGUCUUUAACGAGGCCAGUCCAGGCUUCGAGCUGCGUGUGGAGCUGUACAGCUGCUGUUCGGAGGAUGACUGCUCGGCGGGCAGCACGCCCAGGAAGCUGGCCAGCAAGCUCAGCAGCUCCCUCGGCCGCUCGGCCGGCAAGAAGAUGAGGGCCGCCAUGGAACCCGGCCCCGGCAGCCCCGUCAGCAACGGAGGCGGCGCCACGCUGCUGCUGCCUGUCUCCUCCGUCCCUGGCCCCAAGUAUCACCUCCUGGCCCACACCACACUCUCACUGGCACACGUGCAGGACUCCUUCCGCACGCACGACCUCACCAUCACUGCCAACGAGGACUGCUCCUUCUGGGUGCCGCUGUACGGGAGUGUGUGUUGUCGCCUGGCGGCCCAGCCCAACUGCAUGAAUCAGCAGAUGAUGAGCGGACGCCUGAAGGUCAAGCAUGGGAACGACUCUCAAAGCUACACGAAUGUCUACGGUGUCCUUAAGGGGACAAACCUCUUCUGCUACCACCAGCAACAGGACAUGGACGCGAAUGUGGAUCCCGCAAUAACAAUCGGCAUCAACAAAGAGACGAGGAUACGAGCGGCAGAGAGAGACCCCCACAGUAAGGCCCAGAGCAUUUGCAUCAGUAACCAGUACGGUGGGGAGGAGGUGACACACACACUCCUCACAGAGAGCAGAGAGGACACACAGCGCUGGAUGGAAGCCUUCUGGCAGCACUUUUAUGACAUGAGCCAGUGGAAGCAGUGCUGUGACGAUCUGAUGAAAAUCGACCUGCCCUCGCCAAAGAAACUAGCCCCACUCACACCUAAGCAAGGCUCCCUCUACCAUGAGAUGGUUAUUGACCCGUCGGACGACAUUGGCACAGUGACGGACAUCCUAACGCGGCAGAUCCAAGAGUGGGAGCUGCGCACCCAGCUGAGGCGAGGCGCCACCACUCCCCCCGCCUGGAUGGCCCUGUUCGAGGAGGAGGGCUCCCCGCCGACCACCCCCCAGCCCAUCCCCCGCCGCCACCACCAUCAGCACCACCAUCAGAUGCGCUCACCAGCCUCCCCGUUCCUCAGCCCCGGACGCCAGCCUGGCCGCUGCGGCCGCCUGCUCUCCUCUCAGGCCAGCCUGGCGUCGGACAGCGACAGCCCCUGCAGCACGAGCCCCUGCUCUCGCCACUAUGGCUGGGCCGCCGACUCCCCUUCCUUCAUCUCCCCGUCGCCCACGCCCUCCUCUUCCUCCUCCUCCAAGACUCGCUUCCGGCCGCGUACCCUGUCGCUGGAUGCCAAGCUCAGCAGCUUACGCGGCCGAGGAUAUGGGGGAGGAGGAGGUGGAGGAGUUGGCGGUGUCGGCAGGGUCCUUCAAUGCUCCCCGCAAACCCCGGCUAUGACGUCCUCCUCUGCGGCCACCUCGUCCUCCUCCGUGGCCCCCCACCACCGCUCCCCCACCCUGGCCACCCUGUCCAGCUCCAGCAGCUCCAGCACGUCCAGCAGCUCCAGCGAGGGCAGCACGGGCAGCAGCACGGGCAGUGCGGGAGGCCACGAGGGCGACAUGCCCUUCGCCCGGCCCACAGGAGCCCGGCGCAGCCUCAGGAACUUACGCACGAAGCUGGACCCCCGCAACUGGAUGCAGAGCCAAGUUUGACGCACAGCCAUCCCUACCCUCAUCCGCACCCUCACCCUCACACUCACAAUCACGCAUAGCAUUACAUUUAGAAGGAAAAAAAAAACUGAGCAACUGUUGAGAAGAAGAAGAAUUUCUUGUCUCUUUCAUUUCCCUGGGAACGAACUGGAAUGAUUAAGGGCCGAAGACUGUCCGUAUAAUGACAGAAUGGGAGCAGGCCAGACGCAAACAAAACGCAGGUCUAUAUGACAUGGGAGAUUACCUUCUUAUCACUUGGGAGUCAACCAUUGCACAAUGUUUACUCACGUGUAAUACCUACAGGUUUCACAAGGUGAUUCUUUAGAUUCUUUGAGCCCUUUAGUGUCAAACUGGAAAACAAAUCAGCAUCCACAUCAUCCCUCAUGAGCCAAUAAUAAGUCCUGCUGGUGCCAUGUUCAGGUCACUCCCCCUGUCCUGAGAAUGGAAACCCUUAGGGAGAUGUGGUUGGUAUCGCUUCCUUUAAGUUAAGCAUUAUGGGUACUACACAGACUCCCAAAGAUUGUGUACAUUUGAGCUUAACGGAAGGCUCAGUGGAAUUCACACAGACUGUGCAACUACUUUAAACUCACCACAUACUAAUAAUACUGUGACUAUACUCAACUGUUGUUAACCCAAAUGCAGGUUUAUCCUUGAGGUGUACCCUUAGUUGCUGUAAAUCUAAGACUGUAACAGAAAAAAAAAGUUGUUUUAAUAACUCAAUAAUGAUAACAUUAAGAAUUUCUCUUAGAUUUCUUCUCAACACAAAACGUAAUGUUAGCCUUGAGACUGUCCCUAAGUAGAGGAGAUGUGGGAGACCUCUCCCUCCCUGGUAAAUGCAUGCCUGUGCUUUUGAGAAGAGCAGAGAGCAGAGCAUGAGUCCCCUUACUUCUGGUCACCUGACUAAGUGCGAUUGCAUCAGCUCCACUACCUGCUACUGUGAUACCCUCAGGGCUACGCCAUUUUAUAAGGUCUCCCCAGAGUGUCCCCAGAGAACUUCCCAUAUUUUGAAGUACCUCAUAUUAAUGUACAUGCAGUACACACACUCACUACACCCUUUACUUCCCCAGAGAAAUGUUAAGCCCUCUGUACAUAUGGAUCACAUUAACGCUGCAGCAGCCUGAGGUUUUUAUAUAAUUUUUGUGCAAUAGAGAGUAUUGCUUUGUUUCUAUUCAAAUGGGAUUCAUUUGUUUUUCUCUUUUCGUUCAGAAAGUUGCAUCACUUAAAAUGAACGAAAUGUACACAAAGUCAGAAAUUCAGCUGUGGUGAUCAGAUGUAUAUGAUAGGACACUCUUAAUGAUGAACCACAUUUAGUUAGUUUAUGUGAAAACAGAUUUUAGCUGAAUCAGCUGAACGCAGUUUACCAUAAAGAUAAAUUCAAUAGUGUCCUUGUCUCCAACAAGACAAACAAAUACACAGUGGAUUGAAAGUAUGCAAUUUAGGAAAUGUCUAUAAGUUAAUAUAAAUAUGGAAUAUAAAUUUUAUUUCAUUUGGCUCUCGAUUGUGAGCAUUGUCAUCAUAGUAGAUGUAAAUGAGAUGAAAGAUUGUAAUUAUGAAAUUGGCCGGUUUCCAUGGAUCCUUAAUCUAACAGAGUAUCCUAUUGUCCCAUAACUCUUUUACAGUGACUAUAAAAUAUGCCUCUGCAUCGAUGCAGACAGCGAGCAUGUUACACGGUUAUGAAGACUGUCCAGUGGCCAGCAUGACCCAGUGACUUGCUUUAUGAACACUCUCUACUUACUGUACCAUACAGUCAUAUCAGCCUUUGUUAUUAUUGUAAAGUUUUGUAAUCUAACAUUUUAUUUGUUCCUUUUAUGUUAAAUUGUUCAUGUAUUUUGUUAUAAAUUCUGAUAUAUUAUAUUGAUAUAUUAUUUUAUCAGUUACAGGCAUAACUGUUCUGUCAGAAAUAACACUGAUUGUUAACACCUGUGCUUGGUUAUUGGUCAGCAGGCUGUCUGCAUGCACGUUACUCUUUAAAGAGAUCAAACUUUAAGAGGAAGAAGCUAACUCCGUACAUAGCCCUAACAAUAAAUUAUUCAUGAAGUAAAUAACUACACAAUUGUCUCCUACUCU